AUGGGCAGCAAAACCAGCAAGAUGGCGCGCCGGGACACCGACCCGACAGCUUGGGUUACCACCGACUAUGACCAAUUUUCUGCCUACGAUCUGGAAGGCGAGCCAUGGUCGGAUCAAAUUCCUGAUGCUCAGACGUGGAUGUACGCACACGAGGCAAGGAGCCAAGUCAAGCAAACCAAAAAGUACAGUCCUGGAAACAAGAAACGCUACCCCGGUCCUUUCCAAAACAAGGAGCAACUGCCCAUCAAUAUUCCUCCUCCGCCCAAGAGUAAAGGGAAAGGGAACAAGACUACACCCCCAGCCGCUAAGCCCAUUGUCCACACGCCACUGGUUCCCGGGCAGAGCAGGCCAUGGAAGAGUGGCCCCCCUGGAUCCGUCAGGGCAGUGUAUACGGAAGGCCACAAGCAGGACUUCCAAGUCAUGCAGCACGACAGCAAAUUGCCAACUACUGGUCGGGGAGAUCACGAUUUCAGCCUCAGGCCCUAUGUACCAGCAGCCCCAUGCCCGAAGCCCCAAAAGCGACCUGGCUUUUACUGA